AUGCCAGCUAGAGCUCUGGUCGAGCCAGAGGAUGCGGAGUACCCGCAGGUACCAACUCCGAAAGAGCUGGAGCUCUCGCGACAGCUUGUGGCGCUCCAGCAAGAGAAAGACUUGAGAGAAAAUCGAUCUUUAGCUCAGAUCCGAGACCUGGAGUCGCAAGUUCAUAAGUACGAGCUGUGCUGGCUACAGGUCCGAGUCCAUGAGCUCUCACAAAUGCUGCAGAGCACGAAGCGUGACCAGAUUUUAGCCCAGCAAGCGGCCGUGGAGGAAGAACGUAAACGUUGGAAAUUAGUCGUGCAAGAGCUUCAGGCAGAGCUUGAUCAAGAGAGGAAUGACAAGGAAGCGCAGAAGAAUUGGCAAAACAGAUUUAUUGUGUCACCCGAGACACCUGACGAUAGUUUCCUCGUCUCGUCAACACCAUCGAAAGCCCCCGUGAUUGACCCAAAAGACGACGUGUUCUCGCGUUUUGCACAAAGCCUCGCGUUGCUCCCUGCAUCGCAGGCGCCUCAAGUGGCUGAGGCUGGAGCUCUUCCCUUUCUUGUGCACUUGUUGCAGCAGAAGAUGGGCGAUGUUGUCACCGGCUCAGUUCUAAUAGCACUCGUUCACCUGUCAAUUUAUCAAACCAAGACAAGAUCCCGUCAGUUAUCGACCGCUCCUACCAAUGGAAUGGAUAUGCGCGAGCAAAUUGUGAAGGCUGGUGCGGCAACACCUCUGGUCGACGUCCUCGAAAAGUCUCAGAAUGCUCGAGUGCUCGUCGAGGCUUCGCGGUUGUGCGCUGCUCUAGCUGGUUACGUGCCUAACAAGCGAGUUCUGGCCUCAAAAAACGUGGUUCGCUUUCUUGUCCGACAUUUGAUGCCUCGUAUUCCCCCAAGAAAUCGAGAAAAGCGUGACGAUGAUGAUGACGAAGAUAUGACUACCAAGUUUGAGAAGUUGCCAUUUCCGUGGGAUCCCGCUGUCCAGCAGAAUAUGCUAAGCGCUCUUGUUAAUCUGUGUCAUGGUAAGAAUUAUGCUUCGAUCUCUACCAAUGCUUUUGUGGCUGAUUUGCUACAUGUUGUCUUAGAUUCUGAAAUUUUACGCUCUCAAAUCGCGACGAGCCCGCACUUCCUGCCGAUCGUGAUUCGAUACGUUCGGGAAAGCUCGAAUGCUGGAGUGCAAACCGAGGCUGCGAAGCUUCUGGGCAACAUGGCGUACAAUCACGUGGUUAACCAGAGCGCGUUAAUGGCUGCUGAGGCACCAACGGCGCUAACUGCAUGCCUUACAGCUACCAACCUGCAGCGUAGUCCACAGCUCGCUCGAGCUGGAGCUGCUGGGCUCGCAAACCUUGCGUACACGUCUGUAAAUCAACUUACCAUCGGCUACAGCAACGCGUCCACACUGCUCUUACAGCUGCUGGUAGAUGCUGUAAGCCAGCCACCAGUCAUAGAGGCUGCAUCUACGGCACUUGCUUGCCUCUGUCACCAGAACCCGCCGAAUAAAGCUCGAGUCACGGCACAAAACGGCAUCCAGGUCCUGCUGUACGCACUCGGUGCAAUACCCGAUAGCGAAGACGAUGAAAACGAAAGCGGCCGGGGGGCAGCAUUGGUGGCUUUGUGCGAGUGCUUUGCCGUCAUCGCAAACUCCAGACCAAACCGUCAGCAGGUGAUGGAACUCGACGGUCAUUUUCUACUCUGCCAGCUCUGCCAGCACUGCUCCGCAGCCUCCACACCCAAACUGCUUGAAUCUUCGGCGCGUGCAGUAUGUGCGUUAGUUCCACCUGCACGAGAGCGAGACGCAUUGGUUGCUGAUAACCGUGAAAGUAAGAUGGAGACUAAAUCUAUCGCUCUCAAAGCUCUUGAGCGUGCGCGUCACCUGCUAUGGCAAGACUCUCAGCACCAACACCACGGCGAAGAAGAGGACGCAGCGUUGAAGGGACGACGACGAUGGCUCACACAAACAAUCGACUUACUCAAAAACUACCAAGUGCUGCCCACAUCCCACCAACCUGCAGCAGCAGCGUCUGAAAAGGCUGAAAGCGAGUUGGAGCACGGUGUUACUGAGUUCCGGGAAAGAAGUAGCUUCUCAAUGGAGUCUCUCACGGCUAUUGCUCCCGAUGAGCUCUGUCCCCAUUUCUACAACGAAUAA